GAACCACGCAGAUCCGACCGUCGGAGCCGAGGGCGGAAAGUGGGGCCGGCCGCGACUCGGUCCGGGAGCGCGCACCGCCGAGAGAAAGACGAUGGCCGGGCCAAAGAGGCGCACGGAUUAACGUGGGAUGAGACCAAAGUAGUGGUUUCGACCCGGGCAGGCAGGAAGAGAGGAAAAGGGGGCGAAGUGGAGCCGAGGAGAAGACCGGGGACUUGUGGGGGAAACAAGGGCACAAACUAUGACCCAGGAGGCUUGCGCUGCGGGUGAGAAAGCGAGAGACGCGGAGUGACGGUCGAGAGGAGAGGGAGACGGGUGGAGGCAUGAAGGCACAGCUCUUCUUCCUCAUGACCAUUUUGGUGUUGGGGAGCCUGCUUACCACCCACUUCUGGUACAAACUGGACAACAACGAUAGACAUGUGGAACAUUUACAGCACGUCGCUCAAAGGAAAAGUCUCCAAAAGCCCUCUGUCACAUGUAAAGACUGCAACAAGGAGAUCAUUAACAAGGUAUCAAAGAUAUACUCUGAAGCCUGGGAGAGGAAGGAGGACAAUUACAAUAAAUUCAGGUCGCAGCUGGGUAGCAGGUGCCAGGGGUUCGACAAGGCCAUCAUCACCCAGGCCAACACUCCGGUGGGAUCAAAACUGGUUUACGACGGUGAAAAGAAAAGGACCCUCCAGGUGAACCAGGAGAUCUUCAGCACCUUUGCAAAAGGGCAUCCUUUCUCCAACAAAACGCAGCAAACCUGUGCCGUUGUUGGGAAUGGUGGGAUCCUGGGCAACAGCAGCUGUGGGAAAAUGAUCGAUUCAGCUCAGUUUGUUAUCAGGUGCAACUUACCUCCUAUGGCAAAUGGAUAUGAGGAAGAUGUCGGCGUCAAGACGGACCUUGUGACAGCUAAUCCAAGCAUCCUCUUUGAUAAGUACGGGGCUUUGAUGGGACGUCGGCGUAAAUUUGUGGAAAGUCUGCGCAGCUACGGCACCUCCAUGCUUCUCCUUCCCGCCUUCUCCUACGGCCACAACACUCCCGUGUCCCUGCGGGCUUUCUACACCGUCGAGGACUUCGAAAGCCCCAUCCGACCCGUCUUCUUCAACCCGGGGUACCUGCAGAGCCUGGCCCUCUUCUGGCGCUCUCAGGGCCUGAAGACGGUGCGACUCAGCACCGGCAUCAUCAUGGCCAGCCUGGCGCUGGAGCUGUGCUCAGAGGUGCACCUGUACGGGUUCUGGCCCUUCAGCUUCCACCCUCACUACCUGCAUGCUCUGACUAAUCACUAUUAUGACAACGUGCAAGCUAAAACCAAGUUCCACGCCAUGCCGGCUGAGUUCGACUUCCUGCUGCGCUUGCACAGUCAGGGCGUGCUCAGGCUUCAUCUUGGGGACUGCGAACCAGGUGGAAAGUAGUUCCACAAGACGAGCUAACCAAGUGCCUUCUCUGUUGCUUCAGAAUGAAGCCGAUCCCUAAGAGAUUAGAGAUUCUUUUAAAAGAAUACACUGCCUUAUGCAAUGGUCUGAAUAUAUAUUUAAUUCCACCUAUCGUCAGCCAUAAAACCUGCACUCUCAUCAAUAGUAAAGCAGCUUGUUAAGUGUCUCAUGAUGUUUACAGCUCUGAUUGUUACUGCGAAAGUUCAGAAGUUAAUUUUUGAUUUAACUGACAUGAGUUUGAGGCCAUUGACAUGUAGUGCCUUACGCCGAUCAAUUACUAGCGAUAGCUUUUAGAUCAUAUUGAAUGUAUUUUAAAGGAAAUGAAAUACCUCCUUAAGAGAUUGUCUGACUUACAAAAGAAAACAAAAUCAAUUACGGAAACACCAGCCCACUGAAUGUAAAGAGUGUCUGACAGUCAUGUUAUAGACCAUUGGACGCGUUUGAUCACUUUGAGACUUGUGUUUAGACGACUCCCGGUGCCACACUUUCCCAUGAUGCCUCAAAUGACUGUAACUGUUAGUGGGAUUCAAGGUUUGGUGCCAGGGAAGGAGACGGACACAAACACUCGUAGAUUACUGUUUGAUUUGAUUAACACUAGUGGUAGAGGGUCAGGUGGUGAGUUCUUAUGUUUAUAUAAGGUAAAUACAUGUAAUAAAAGCACUGUAUUGUGGGUAAAAGGGUUAAAAAGGCGCUCGGACUACGUAAGUGUGGACCGUUAAUCACAUAGAGGUCACCGCUCACACGUUUUGCUGUGGUCCACCACGUCUUCGCAGCGAGCAGCCUUUGUACUGUACAGCCACAAAGUGGCGACACACACGCGUUGGUACAAUGUCCAUUCAAAAUCACAUUGAUGUUGAUGCUAAUUGGAUGUAGAUUUAACUUUCUAGGAUGUCAGGAUGCGAUUGUGCACUUUAAGUGGAAAUAUAGUUUUGCUUGGAGUGUUUUUCUUUAGCUACGUUUUGAAUCAAAAACUGAUUAUUGACUAACUUCUGCCUUUCAUAUGAUUUUUAUCAAGUCUUAAUGUUGAAUUUUGUCAAACAAGAAAAAAGAAAAUGUAGAUGACCAAACUUGACGAGUCUUUGUGAGCCGAUUAAUCAUGUGAAUAUUUGUGAUUUUGUAUUUCUGUGAACAGUACGGUGUAAGAGGGACAGGAACGUUGGGGUGAAUAAAGAGGCUAUUUAUCAGAUAAAA